AAAUCGGAAGAAAUUAUUCUGGCUGACGUGCAGAUGCCUUGUGAUCAAUCAAACUUUUACAUACAACGUUGAAAAGCGAUGACGAUAAUAUGUUUGUCUUCCUUUGGAUUUUACUCAUUUUUAAAUGUACGAUAUGUUUUGGAGACGAAGGACUUUAUAAAUCCAGCGAUGAUGUCGUUAUUUUAACAACCGAUUCUUUCCCACCGGCGGUUCUUGGUUCAGAAAAUGCAUGGAUAAUUGAAUUUUACAACAGCUGGUGUGGUCAUUGUAUACAUUUUGCUCCUAAGUGGAAAGAAUUUGCGACAAAAACAAAAGGAUGGCAGAAAGUAAUUUCAGUUGGAGCAGUUGAUUGUUCACAGAAAGAUAACAUACCACUAUGUAGAGAUUAUGACAUACAAGGUUACCCAGCAAUAAUUUUUUUUCCACCAAAUGCUGAUGAAGCGUAUAGAGGAGAGCCUAUCCAUGAUCAGGACAUUGAUUCCAUUGGUAGGAGAGUUAUAAACUACAUAGGUCAGUUUGAAGGUGCCAGUAAACCUUCGUCAUGGCCAGCUUUACAGCCUCUCAGUACUGUAGAGCAGAUCUGGGAAGAAUCUAAAGAUAUUCAUAAACAUGUCAUUCUACUGUUUGAACAUAAAGAGUCUUAUAUCGGCAGACAGGUGAUACUAGAUUUAAGCCAGUAUAAACAUUUGUUGAUAAGAACAGUUACCAAUCAAAACAUAGUAAAGUUUGGAGUGACACAUUUACCUUCAUUAUUCUUACUCCAUGGUGGUGAUGGCAGGUUUGAACAUAUAGCCAAAGGAGUUGAUGACCGUGAAACCAUUGUAGCGAUUAUUAAAAAGCUUAUAGGUGCUGAUCAUGAUGAUAAUGGAGAGACACAAGAAGACCAUAAGAUGGCAGAAAAAACUGUUAAGAUGCAAACAACGGCAAUUACUAAUGGGACAGUUGUAUAUAUGUCAGAUUUAGAGUCAGCACUAUCCUACAGCUUCAGACAAGAAAUAGCUAUACAGAGAUCUAUUGAUGGAGAGGCUCUACAGGCACUUAAAGAUUUCAUUAGAGUUCUAACAAAGUAUUUCCCAGGUGAAGAGUAUCUGAAGAAAUUUUUACGGAGAAUAAAGACUUGGCUUGAUUCUGUGUCUUCAGGACUCACGGGAGAAGUCUGGGUGUAUUAUAUAGACAGUUUACAGUCUGUAGAUACGUAUUUACCAGAAACAAUUAGCUGGGUUGGUUGUAAGGGGAGUGAACCCAGGUACAGAGGAUACCCAUGUUCCAUGUGGACACUGUUUCAUACACUUACAGCCAAUGCUUACCUCAUUGGAAAAAACAGUCCAAAAUUUCUCUAUGCAGAAGUAAUUAAUGCUAUUACAGACUAUAUGAAAUAUUUCUUUGGUUGCAAAGAAUGUGUCAAAAAUUUUCUAAAAAUGGCUGAUAAAAGACAGAUUUCCUCAGCAUCUGACCAAGUCUUGUGGUUGUGGACUGCUCAUAACAAAGCAAAUAAAAGACUCCACGGUGACCAAUCAGAGGACCCAUUACAUCCAAAGAUUAUGUUUCCAUCAGAAAGAGUUUGUCCGAAAUGCAGAAAAGGGAUUGAAAAAGAUGGCAGUACCCAAGAUUGGGAUAAAAAAGAAGUUUUAGAAUUUAUUGUAAAAAUGUAUGAUAUAGAAAAUAUUGUAAAAAAUUCUUCUUCUUUCAACACAAAAAGUGAUGUUAAAAAAUCUCGAGUUGACUUAGAUUGGUGGGAGAGGAUGCAGAGAAGUAGAGACUUAGAAAAAAUCAAAGAAAUAAGACAAAUGAAAAGACAAAAGUUAGAAGAAAAAAUAAAAUUGUCCGGUCAACAUUUACCUGUCUCUAAAAAAUUAGCAAGUAGUAAAUACCUGAUGGAAGAGAAACUUAAAUAUUCACCAGUUUUAAGUAGAGGUGAUAUGAACAUGUGUGUAUUGUUUUAUGCCUUAUGUAUUGCGAUUAUAGGUUUGUUGUAUUACCAUUUUGUAAGAAGGAGGAAAAUGAAUCCAUGUAAUGGCUGCUCUAAUCCUUAACCUUAUGUGAAAUUCGAAAAAAUUAUUUGUUCUAUUUUGUUUAUUUAGGGCAAAUGUGUGUCCCACUGUCCUCAAAAAGUGAGAGAAAGUAAAUAAGGAAAGGGGGUGGGUGUGUUAUAACAUUGUUUUUCGAACAACAAACAUGUUAGAUUUUUUUAUUUAGUCUCAUCAGGAUUUUUUUUUGUGGAAUCAAUUGAAAUCAGCACAAAGGUAGCUGGUGGAAGCUAAUGCUUAAAAUUUUAAAGUUAUGAGUGUUUAAGAAAUCAAUGUCAAAGUUUAAAUACCUUUAUAUUUUUUAAUAUUUCUGUUUCUUCAAAAUAUACUUUUAGGAUUAUAGGGACACUUAGCAAGAAUAAGUUAAAAGUGCUAGAUUAUGAUAUGAAUUAAUUAAUUGGUAUCAAGAUCUAGUCUUUUUUCCAUGUCAUUUUAUAUUGGAUUAUAAAUGAGGUAAAAAUACUAUAUUUUGCAUUUGAGAAUGGGUACUUUUUUCAGGGCUGGGGAGAGACAUGGAUUAUAUUGUAUGAUUAGCAAUGACAAUUGUUUCAACAAUCUUAAAAAAGAAUUUUAAAAAUAGACAUAUAAAGAGGUUGAAACCGCUGAAAAAGUGAAGAUUUAUUAAAAUGUUAUAAGUAAUAAUCAAGUAAUAAUCAAGAAUAACACGAAACCUUUUGUCUUUUUUUUUUUAGUUAAAUGAAAUUGAAAUCAAUGUUUCAUAUAUAAAUGUGUAAAACUAAAGAGAAAUGAGUGUUUACUGUUGAUUCGUUUAUUUUUCCUUUGUACUAAAUUUCAUGGAUUGAGGAAUAAUCAUUCUUGUGGAAUCUUCAUUUUGUUGUUUUUUCAAAUUUUGUAUACAAACCCUAUAGAAAAUUUAUUCUUUGUUAAACAUAUAAUUUUGACCCAGAAAAUUCUAAAAAAAAUAGUCCCUUGGAAUAAUAAUGAUUCCACUGAUGCUUCAGAAUUAAGUGCAAUAUAUUUAUAGAUUUUAAUGUUACCUCUCAGAAAAACUUGUGUUUGACUGUGGAUUCAAAUAUUUUCAUUAGGAACAAUUUUCGUGGGUUGAAUAAAAAAUAAUUUUGUGGAUGUUUGAUUUUCAUGGUUUUGUCAAAGUAAGCUAACAAGCUAAACUAAAUAGUUUGAACAUCCAUAAACAUUCAAAUUUGUAGUCUACCUAUAUACAGGAAAUC